UACCCGCUGACAUCAAGCAUACGAAACAGUCGCGUUUCUACCUUCUUAAAGUGAACGUCUCUCACUCUCCAUAAACUUUCACAUCAUUUUCAAUAAGAAAUGAAGAUAUGUGGAUGAAUUAAUAACUUAAGAUCAACAGUUAAAUUCAACAGCAGCAAUGAGGGUUCAAUUUUUGUGUUCGUUCUUUUUUGGAGCUUUCUGGCUAAGUGAAUAUUUAGUUAAUGCCUCUAUUAUAGUGAAAAUUAAAAAUGGUACUCUAGAGGGUUCUCUUAUGAAAACACGUCUUGGAAGAGAAUUCCUUUCAUUCAGAGGCAUUCCUUAUGCACUUCCACCCCUUGGUGAUUUAAGAUUCGAGCCACCUAAACCAGCAAGUUCUUGGACUGGAAUUCGAUCAGCAAAACAAGAUGCACCAAUUUGUACUCAGAGAAAUAUCUAUACCCAUGAAGAAGAUAUUGUAGGUCAGGAGGAUUGUCUUUACUUGAAUGUUUAUACUCCUCAAUUACCAACCACUGAGAUGAAAGAAGCUGGAAUUAAUUAUCCAGUCAUGAUUUGGUUCCAUGGUGGAGGAUGGGUCACUGGAGCAGGACAUUCAGAGUAUUAUAAUCCAAAAUUUUUCCUGGAUCAUGAUGUAAUUCUUGUUACCAUCAACUAUCGACUUGGACCAUUAGGAUUUCUUAGCACUGAAGACUUAGUAUCUCCAGGUAAUCAAGGAAUGAAAGAUCAAUCUCAAGCGAUUCAUUGGGUAAGCGAAAACAUAGCAGCUUUUGGUGGGGAUCCAAAUAGAAUUACAUUAUUUGGAGAGAGUGCUGGUGGAGCUAGCACCCAAUAUCAUAUUAUCAGCCCACUAUCAAGAAAUUUAAUUCAUCGAGGAAUCUCUCAAAGUGGAACUGUUCUCUGUCCAUGGGUACUAACAAGACCAGGUCAUGCGAAAAAGAAAGCAAUUCGUCUUGCAGAACAUUUAAACUGUCCUACUCAAAGUUCAUCAGAACUUUUGGCAUGUCUUCGUCAAAAAGAUGCUGUAGAUAUCAUAGGAGCUGAUAGAAUAUUCCAAAUAUUCGACUAUGAUCCAAUGAUCCCAUUUAGACCAGUCAUUGAGCCAAAACAUCCUGGGGCAUUUUUAAACGAAGAGCCUGCUCAAUCUUUGAAAAAUGGAAACAUGGCUGAUAUUCCCUGGAUAACAGGAUACAAUUCUCAUGAAGGAGCUAUCAAAGUAGCAGGUCUUUAUGGUCUCAAAGAAUAUCAGUAUGACAAGAAAUUGAACGACAACUUCAUGGAGUUAGCUCCUAUGACUCUGAUGUAUGAAGACACUUGUCCACAAAAAUCACUUAAAGAUGUAGCAACAAAAAUUCGCAAGUUUUAUUUGGGUGAUAAGCCAAUAGAUGAAUCUACCAAGUUUGAAGUCAUUGACAUGUAUUCAGACGCUUGGUUUAAUGUUGGUGGAGACAUGGCAGUCAGAGAUCAUCUUAAUGCCCUUUCAAGUCCAGUCUACUAUUAUUAUUUCUCCUACAAAAGUAGUGCAUCAUUCUCUAGGAUAUUCGGAGCACCACAAGGAGAUUAUGGAGUUUCUCAUGCAGAUGAACUUCAAUAUCUUUUCCCAGUUGGUGAACAGUUAUUCAAAGACACUACACUGAGCAAAGAAGAUCAUCGGAUGAUUGACAUCAUGACUACUUUAUGGUUUAAUUUCGCAAAAACUGGAAAUCCUACACCCGCUAUUACAAAAACAAUACCAUUAAAAUGGAAACCUGUGAGAACAGAAGAUCACGAAUAUCUUGAUAUUUCAAAUUCACAAGAUCUAAGAAUGUCGAAACAUUUAUUGAAAGAGAGGCUCGACUUUUGGGCAACAUUACCCCAUCGAGCUGAUGUAAUUAUUGCACAAAAAACUUCACUUAAGGAUGAACUCUAAAACAACUAGUUUAAGUUAAUUUAUAGAUCAAUUGAAUCAAAUUUCUUUUCUAUUCUAACUAUCUGCUGUCAAUUAUAUUCCUGAGAUAGUUGAAGCAUGUUGUAAAUUAUUAGAAAUUUAAUUAGCCAUAAUAUUGCCAUUAUUGAAUAAAGAAAACACAUAAUACAGAUCAUGCUAUCAAGCCAAGUUGUAAUGGAUUAAAACCGAAUGAGUGCAUGAAUAAAAUUAUCCUUUCACUAA